UUGAGUUGACAUUGAAUUUGUAUCUUUUUGAAAUCAAAUACUUAAAUUUAUGAUAAUAUAUAAUGUGUUAACUUGUUGCUAAGUUCAUUUUAUUCUUUAUAAAGUACGUAAAAUAAUUGGGUAUGUUACCGAGUGUGUGCAGUGAGUGUUCUUAAUUAAUAGUGCGUUCUAAAAAAAUAUAAGUAAAAUGACAUUAUCAGAAUAUGCUCAAUUAAAACAAUAUAUAAUACUCUUAGUAGGAACAAACGAAAGGCACAGCGAAAUAAUAAGUUCUAUGAAAGAACUUUUUAGGGACCAUAUAAAUUCUGUGAGGAAAUUUGAACAAAUAAAUAACAUAAGUCAGCUAUUGAAAAUUUUGGAAAUACGAGAUGUAUUAUCUGAAGAUAACGUAGAAUGUCUGAAGAAUAUUGCUAUGAAACUUCCGAACUCUAAUGAUGUGCUACAAAAAAUUGCAGACUAUGAAAAAAUCCAUGUUCCUAGGGAAAAUGUAAACUAUUAUACUAUCAAACCGCAGGAUCUCAAGAAAAAAGAAUCUGAAGACAGCUACAUUAGCACAAAUCCACUAUCAAAUAUGAGCGAAAGAAAGAAACAGAGAAUUUAUGACACAAUAACUCAGGAAAUUGGCAGUUUUUGGCGAGAUCUUGCCAGGAAUUUGCAAAUACGAGAAUGGGAGAUUGACAAUAUUGAUUUUCAAAAUCAAACACUUCAUGAUAAGGCUACAAAAUUGCUGAAAGCAUAUGAAUUAAAGGCUGAUACACAAAGAUGGUUUUUUGUGUUAUGUGAGGCAUUAGAAAAAAGUCGUAGAAAGGAUCUAGUGAGAUCUAUACAGGAUAUUAUGGCAAUGAAUAUUUGACAAAUAAUUUUGUUAGGCCUGAAUUGAUUGCAAGAUUUGUUGUGGUGUGAGUAAGUUUGUGUAUUCAUUUUCACAUUAUUUCUCCUUUGCUAUCAGUUCAUAAUCACAAAAAAAUAUG